UAAAUGCCUACAGUUUCAUGAACUGUUAAAAGGUCAUCUUCACAAGGUUGAAAGGAAUGAAUAUUGUGAAUGAAUUAAAAUAAGAUAGCUGAGUAGCUUCCAUCUCCACCAAGCUUACCUUUUACUGUUGUGCCAAAAUUGUUAUUAAGCCAUUUUCUCAUCACCUAACUCUGAUAACUUCACUCUGCCUCUCUCUCUACCACAUAAUUUUAAUUUUUUAUAUAUACAUAUAAUAUACUAUAUUCUUUCUCAUACUCAUUCAUAUUCCUUACCUGAAACCCACCACAAGCAACAAUUAUCUAUCCAUUUUUUUUCGCUUGCGCAUUAAUUUAUUAUCGAAUCGCCGUUUUUAGCAUCCUAUGUACCUGUACUGCCUCUGCAAAUACAGCCUUUUUGCUGUCGUCUUCUGGAAUUUUGUAAAAACUUUGCUUUUCGUAAUGUGGUGUUGUAUUACUGGUAAACGGGGACUUUCAGAUUUGCAAUAUUAGAAGUGCCUUUGAGUAAAGGUUUGACCUUUUUGAGGGGUUCUUGAAAUGUGGGAUUUUCGGAUGCUGCUCUCUUAAGGUUUUAUCUUUUUCGGACAGAGAUCUGUUGUUAAGGGGCUCGUGUUUUAAGUUUUUAAGGAUGUAAAAUCGGGAAGAGUUUUUCAAGAUCUGGCAUUUGAGAGUGUUUAUUGUGCUGUGUUGUUCUGAGGAAGGUAAAUAUCAUUUAAAAAAAAAAAUUCUAAAUUUAUGGCUUCUGAUCUCAACUCCGAUCUCUCGAGGAAAGCCGGCCUACUCAGCCUCAAGGUCUGGGAAGUCAUCGGCAUAAUAGUCGGCUUACUAAUCGUGCUCGUCCUCUUUCUCCUAAUAUUCUAUUUAAUUUCAAGAAAAAAAUUAAGGGGAGCUCAAGCUCAAGAAAAGCUCCCCCUCAGCCAAAUACCGACAGUCUCGAAAGAAAUCAAAGAGGUUCGAGUCGAACAAGUGUCGGCUGACGAAUUCACCCCUGGCGAAGGCAUUCUUUUAACGAUCCACGACAAGUUGAGUGAUAAAGAUUCAGACAAGGUUUUGGUUCACCUUGGAAUGCCAAAGGGUAAAAACGGCAAUAAAAACAAUAGUAGUCGUUCGGGCUCUUUUCACAACGUGGAUAGAGAUUGUUUUGGUUCGGAAGAGGGGAGUUCUGGCACGUUUAACAAGGCUUCGUGUUCGCACCCUAUUACGGCUCCCUCGCCUUUGAGUGGGCUGCCUGAGUUUUCUCACUUGGGUUGGGGUCAUUGGUUUACUUUGAGGGAUCUUGAAUUGGCUACGGAUAGGUUUUCGAAGGAGCAUGUUAUUGGGGAAGGGGGCUAUGGGGUUGUUUACAGAGGGAAGCUGAUUAAUGGGACUCAUGUGGCUGUUAAGAAACUGCUCAACAAUUUAGGUCAAGCAGAAAAGGAAUUCAGAGUGGAGGUGGAGGCUAUUGGCCACGUGCGCCACAAAAAUUUGGUUCGGCUUCUCGGCUACUGCAUUGAAGGAACUCAUAGGAUGCUAGUUUACGAGUAUGUCAAUAACGGCAAUUUAGAACAGUGGCUUCAUGGUGGGAUGCGUCACCAUGGCUUUCUCACUUGGGAAGCUAGGAUGAAAGUUCUACUUGGCACAGCUAAGGCGCUUGCCUACUUACACGAGGCGAUUGAGCCAAAAGUGGUUCAUAGGGACAUAAAAUCUAGCAACAUAUUAAUUGAUGAGGAGUUUAAUGCUAAGGUCUCUGAUUUUGGCUUGGCUAAGCUGCUUGGUGCUGGAAAAACUCAUAUCACCACUCGAGUCAUGGGUACUUUUGGAUAUGUGGCUCCUGAAUAUGCUAAUACCGGGCUUUUAAAUGAAAAGAGUGAUGUGUAUAGCUUUGGGGUUCUUUUGUUGGAAGCAAUUACGGGUAGGGAUCCUGUAGAUUACGGCCGUCCUACUCCAGAGGUUAAUUUGGUCGACUGGCUGAAAAUGAUGGUCGGGAACAGGCGGUCAGAGGAGGUCGUUGACCCAAACAUCGACACUAAGCCGUCAAUCAGGGCCCUCAAAAGAGGUCUGUUGACUGCUUUGAGAUGCGUUGACCCAGAUUCGGACAAGCGUCCAAGAAUGAGCCAGGUUGUCAGAAUGCUCGAGUCUGAAGAAUAUCCCAUACCUAGAGAGGACCGGAGGCACAGAAAAACUCGAGCAAGCAGCAUCGAGAUUGAUAUCCAUCGUGAAAACUAUGAUACCGAUAAAAGCGAAGGUCAGGAUUUAAGGCCAGAGAAUUGUCCAGUCGCCGCCAUGGCAGCUUCCGGUAGAGACCGAAUCGACGAAGAUACAGUUCGCAAAGCAGUGACUGCCCUCCUCAAAUGGAAGAAGAAGAAGAAAUUAAACUCAAAAUCCGACCUUGAGAAGCUCCACCACGAAGAGGAAGAAGAAGAAGAUCAUGAAGACGAAGGCGACGAUUUCGUAUACCUCUCAGUAACCCUAAAAAAAGCCCCACCGAAAACCUAUACACUCGCGCCCCAUCGUAUCCCCCUCCGCCACUCCCUUCUCCCCGUAGAUUACUCCGCCUUGAACCUCUGCCUCAUCGUUGACGGCAAAACAAUCACAUCCGAAUCGGCGCAGAAGAUUCUCGCCGCUCGAGGCAUUUCAUUCAUCAGGCGUGUUUUCAAGCUCUCGAACCUCAAAUCCGACUACAAGUCCUUCGAUUCGAAGCAGAAGCUGUACAACUCGUUCGAUGUGUUUCUGGCGGACAAACGCAUCGUCUCCUUGCUUCCUAAGGUGAUGGGCAAGGUUUUCUACAAGAAGAAGAGGAAAAUCCCUCUGCCGCUUGACUUGAACGCUGAUGGCAGCAAUUGGAAGGAGGAGAUGGAAAAGGCGUGUAAUUCGAGCUUGCUGUGUUUGAGCAGCGGGACUUGUAGUGCGGUGAGAGUGGGGAAAUGGGGUGUUAAUGAAGGUGAUGAGAUUGUGGAGAAUGUGUUUGAAGCUGUUGAUGGUGUUCUUCAGGUUGUGCCCAGAAAAUGGAGUGGGAUUACGUGCUUUCACUUGAAGUUUUCGGAUUCUCUGGCAUUGCCUGUUUAUGAGAGAAGAUUUGUUUCGCAGUAA